AUGGAUGAUCCUAAUGGGCACAGUCCGUGUGUCUUUCUGAAAGCACAAGCAGCAAUGGCAGACGCGGCAUACCUGAAGCUGGACGCUUCACGGGUCAAUGGCAUCCAAGUGGAACAAGUGGCCGACUUUGCUCGUAUAGUCACCUAUUUCUCCGAUCCUUUCAUUAAGCAUUUGCUUGUCCCACCGAACGACUCGAAUUACGUGGCUGAAUUGUUGAAAUUUCAUGAGGUUCUAUUGAAGAAACUAGGAGCAAUGAGCUGUCAGAUUGAUCUCUUCGUAGAGUUAGCGAAACAGAAGGAAAAUUUGGACCACCUGGUAUCUGAAAAGUUGCGUUUCAACGACAUUUAUGGGGACCAGAUGAAAAUAGCUGAUCAAAUAAACGAACGAAUGGUCAACGAAAAGACUCGACAGUCUCUUACAUUGGGUUACGAGGAGGCAAAAUAUGGAUACAAUCCAUAUAGAAUUUGUCGGGUGAUCAAUGCGAAACGAUUUCCACGCUCAAAUCAUCCGGGCAAUCUUGUGCCGACUUACCACUGUGAGGUGACGGAUCCUGUAGCAUAUGAAGAGUCGAUGAUGCCAUUAAGAAAGGCAACGACGAAGAACAGACCACCGUUGAAUGACACAACUUGGAAUGUCGCUGAAGUAUUUGCAACGGACAAAGUAUUUGAGAAAAAGCUCAAAUCACUACGAGGGAAAAUGCCGAUGGAACCGCAAAUGCCGAAGAAAUAUCCUUUAGACAGGUAA